AUGUCGAGUCGAGCACUGAGAAAACUUCAAGGGAAGACGCACCAGGAAAUAGACCCGCUUACUAUUGUGGGCGAGGAAUCAGACAGUGAUACCACUGAGAAUACCGAAAACUCAAACAAAAAAUCGAAGAAAAAGAAACCGACGAAAACUGCACCUUUAAAUCCUUUUGAAUUACUGGAAGAUGAGGAUGAUGACAAUGAAGAAGUGAAUGAAGAAGUAUCUCUACCUACAGAACAACCAGAAAAUCAAGCGGGUACUAAGAAGAAGAAAAAGAAAAAGAAGAAAAAACAAAAAGAAAAACAAAACAAAGAUGUAAAUGUUGAAGAAGACUUUGAGGCCAUUUUGAAGGCAGAGGGAGCAGAUCCAGAGAGAACAGAGGUCAAUGGAGACAUCUCUUCAACUCCCAUUACACAAAAAAUGAGGGCUCUUCUCUUUGUGGAACAUAAAAAUCUGAAUCCUGACAAUGAGAUGAGACGGAUAUUUGGAUCACGAGUUGUGCAGGCUGAAAACAGCCGCCGACAGAGACAGCAAAGAGGGAGGACGCGACAACGAGUGUCUUGGCUGACAACUCCUCGUGAUAACUGGCCACCAAUAGGCAAGACUGGAUUGACCAUGUCUCUACUAGAGACAAGAGGAGGCUGUCAAUACUUUACGUUUGAACACAGUCAAAAUUACCAAGAUGUGGAGUUUAAAUUUUACGAUGCUGUGGAAUCUCUGAACCCCCAAAACAUAGCGAAUAUCAUACAGCUCCACCCUUACCAUGUGACUGCCUUACUACAACUCAGUGAAGUGUUCCAUAUGGGAGAGGAUGCCCAGGCCUCUGCAGAACUCAUAGAGCGGGCUUUGCUGUCAUGUGAACUCUCCUUCCAUCCACUUUUUAGUCUCACUACUGGAACGUCUCGUCUUGAUUUCAAACGAUCCGAGAACAGGCCUUUGUUCCUUGCUUUGUUCAAACACUUGGCCAUAGUAGGUCAAAAAGGAUGUUACAAGACAGCUCUGGAAUUCUGCAAACUUCUUCUCAGCCUUGAGCCUGAGAUGGACCCCAUGUGUGUUCUUCUGAUGAUUGACUUCUAUGCCCUACGGGCCCAAGAAUAUUCCUUUUUAGUGCGUCUGUUUCAGGAAUGGGAGGCCCACAGAAACCUUACUCAGCUUCCCAACUUUGCAUUUUCUGUUCCCCUGGCCAUGUUUCUUCUGGCAUCAAGUCAAGAGGAGGACCACCAAAAAGCUGAUACUAUGCUACAAGAAUCCUUUCUGAUGUUCCCAGGACUACUUCACCCCCUCCUUGAUAAGUGCAGUGUUAACCCUGACCCUCAGGUCUCUAGUCAUGCUUUCUUUGGCCCAGACUCACAAUACAGUCAGCCUCCUGCUCUGAAGCAGCUGAUUGGUCUGUAUAUAGGUCGCUGUAACUCCUGCUGGAAGCAGCCAGAAGUUUUGGAGUGGUUAGAGAAAAAUGUAAAGGUGGUAUUACAGCGAGUAGAUAAUAAAGACCCAAUGGUGGAGGAGUUUCGAGUCAGACGUCUGUCACGGUACCAAGGCACACCACGUAACAUCCUUAGACACAUCCUUAUAUCGGAAAUUCAAGAUGCAACAGCAGCCCUUCCUCCGGACAUUGCCAACACUACAGUCCUCAGUUAUGACCCCUUACCUCCAUUGGAUUCUGUGUGUGGCUACGACAGGCCAGUACGGAGGCGGGCAGUUGAAGAUGCUGGUGCCUUGUCCACAUUUUUCCGAUCUCUGUUGCCAAACUUUAACAUUGAUGAGCCUGCUGCAGCAGCAGGUGCUACAGGACAGAAUGGAAAUGAACUUCGUCAGGGAAUCGGAGUACUGAUGGAUGCCAUGCGAGAUCUCCUCAAUAACAUCAGGCCCAUGGAGGUUCCAGUGGACAAUCCAGGAGAAAACCCAGAAAAUGAAGAUAUAGAAUUCGAACCAGAAGAAUGGGAUUAACCAUAACAUGUACCUCUAUAAAUAGAAAGCUGGUGGGGGAGUGAAACAGCAAGAUAUUAUAGGGGCCAAGUGUGGCACUUUCUAAAUUGGCUGUGUAUUAUAUGUACCCUAUUUGCAAAGUAUUUUAAAAGGAUAAAUUAUUUCUUAGAUCUGUUUCUUCUGCUAAUCAUGAAUUGACCAAAUUUUUUAUCUGAAGUAAUUUUUUAAAAUGUUUCCACACCAAGGAGUUAUGAUAUUGUAAGCUUGACUAAGGAAUCUACCUCUACAAAAGCAUUGUCAGGGCUAGAUUAUGUCAUUCAUGUUCACACAUUGACAGGGCUAGGUUAUGUUCUUCUGACACCAGGAGACUAGACUCAUUCAUGUUCACUUAUUGUCAGGGCUAGACUAUGUAACACCAGAAGAAUAGAAUUUGGAUUUUCCCAUGCUCACCAGACUAGAAUGUUGAUAUAUUGUGUUGACACCAUACAGACAAGCUAGAUAGGAGGGACCGCCUCCAGAUUACACCUACAUAGUAUGACAGAACAGAAAAGUAAAAGAUUAGCAUUGGUUUCCAAUGAAAAAUCAAAUUUAUCUUGAAAAUGUUGAAUAACAAUUUCACACAAUGAUCAUUGGUAUAUGGAAUGUGGAAACAAAAUGAACUUGUAUAGAUCAUUUUUAAUCAUAUCACAGGAACUAUACAGAGACUGUUAUAAGUUACCAUACUGGAAAUUGAUGUACAAUGGAGCUUCAUAACUGUGAUAAGAUUAAACAAGUAAAAUUGUACAGAAAGAUA